AUGCCUUAUCUUCCUUCCGCCUCGUCCGACGAGGAGGACUUCCUUGGCGACUCUGCGCGACAACGUCGUGGCGCCUCCCACACCAACCCGCAGUCUCGUGGCCCUGUCCAGCAGGCCCAGCCCGGGACCAACAAUAUCCCCGUCCCUCCGGGUACUCGCCAGGCAGGGUCUUUUUCAAAUGUGUCGUACCGUGAGCGUCGGUCUGGGCCUACACCUGGCGGUCUGAAGCACGAGUCGGCUGGCCGUCAAUACGAGAAGACCCCAGAUAUGGCGAUCGUGUCCCGCGGUACUCCAGUUACACUGAAGGCUGUGGGCGAACUGAAAGUCCCCUGGAUUGAAGCCCGCGAACUAGGCGAAAAAUAUCACGAUUUGAACUAUUUGCGUGCGAUAAUUGGCCAAGUCGUGGAGUACAUGAUUGACCUGAAAGUUCCUUUUAGGUUUCACUCAACAUAUGACCAGACAAUCUUCUUACGUCACAUCUAG